AUGCCGCGCAAGCGGUCACACGAUGAGAUGGUGGCCGUCGAGUCUCCCACAGAACGACCUCAAGAAGUCAGCAUGCUGUCCAAGAUUCGAAACAUGUGGGAGUUUGCCAGUCUAUGCGAGUGGCUACACAUAUUUGGUGAAGCCUGCAAACUUCCACACGUCGACAUCGAGGACCUCGAGCAGGAGUGUAUGAAGUCAGAGAUCAGUCACCUGCUGGAAGAGAUAGGCUACAAACUAGUCAAUUGGUUGUCCUCUCGUCGCGACAUAAAUCUCGAGAAUUGGGACCUCAAUGUCCGGCGACAAAUUGAAUAUCGAGCUCCUAAUGUUCAUCACCCUUACGGGCAAGAGGAGGAACCCAAUAAAUUUCGAGAUUUCCACGUUUUCACAAAAAUCAGAGUUCUGCAUCAACUCACUGUAUUGACAUUCUGGAACCCGGAAAAGAUAAGACAACUCUUUCCUCAAGAAAAGGAGAUGGACCAGUUUCUCGAUUGGAAUACACAUCCUGUUGGGUGGGAUCGUCAAGAUCGGACCUACUACGAUUUUCAAUUUGCCAGACGUUUGUACCGCCGAACUGAUCCUCCCAUAACCGAGCCUACGAAGAAAACGAAGUCGAAAUAUACCUCGAAGAAGGCACAAUCUCAGCGCAGACAGAGUCGUGCCUCGAAACGCAGAAAGAUCUCGGACGCUGAGGAUGGAGAUACUGAGAUGGGUGAUGCGGAAGACACUAUGGACGAAACUAAGAUUGAGGACGAGACCACGAUCAUGAAACCUCAACAGGAAGAGGACGAUCCUGAAAAGCUCGACACAUUUGGUGGUUACAAGUUUGAAUGCGUCGCUGUGACGUUAGAAGACUACAAUGCAUUUCUGGCAACGAUCGCCAAGUCAAAAGAUGAGAAUGAACGAAACCUCAAAGCCUAUAUCGAGGAGGACAUACUACCUGCUCUGCAGGCUCAGGAGGAGAAGCGACAGAGGAAAGUGGAGGCUCGCCUGCGAGAAAUACAAAUGCAGGAGAAGAUGCACGGUGCCAAAAGAUCCGGUAGAUUGGCAGCUAAGCAAGCACAAGAACUCGAGCAACAGGAAGCUGCCAGAAAAGCGAAAGAGCGAGCGGAUUUGGAGGCCAGAGAGCUCAGAGAUCGGGCGAUGCAAUACAGGAUGGAGGACGAGCGACGUUCUCGUAUGGUCACUCGGGAACAGCGCAUUGCACAGCGGGAACUACAACGUAUGCGUAUGGAGGAAGAGCUGGCUCAAGAUUCUGCGGAAGAGAAAAGGAUUGAAGAAGAGGGCGCUCGAAGUUCUAGGCAUCUCAAAGAACGUAUCCAGCAACGCAAAAAAGAACUUGAGCAAUGGGAUGGUGAGGAUUGGUCCUUUGACUGCUCGGGUUGCGGUCAACAUGGCAAGAACUUUGACGAUGGUGAGCACAGCAUUGCAUGUGAGCGCUGCAAUGUAUGGCAGCACAGCAAGUGCCUAGGCGUCUCACAAGCAACCGCCGAGCGUGAUGAUUUCAACUUUGUCUGCGAGGACUGCAAACGCAGGGAGGAGGAGGCUAGCCGACCAAAGAUCUCGCUCAAAUUCAAGGUCGGCCAGUCUUCCUCACCACCGCAGCACGCACAGACAUCAGCUACAGUACCAAGGAUGGAGCAGGGAGACGAGUCGUCCUUCAAGCAAAAGCUUGUAUCAGUUGACGUUCCAGCUGUCAAUUCAACUGGACCACCUCCAGCUUCAGGUGUCGCCCUGAAUGGUCAGAUCUAUCCUGCUCCUGUUUCAGCGAGACCCAUCCAAUCAGCACCAACACAAGUUGCUCAGCCAACUGCUCAACCUUCGGUGCCUACCUAUGCCACGCAAGACACUAACGGGCAGACUCUGUACAUGAACGGGGGCUCUAACUACCGCUCUAAUCACUUCAGUGCCUACCCUCCUCAAGGUCAACUCCUUGGCGGUGUACGCGACCAGAAUCUCUACAGUCAGACUACACACCAACAAAGCUCUGGUCCCUUGGACUAUCAGGCUGCUCCAAACUCUAGUCAGCCAUUCUCGUCACAACCUUCUCUACGACCAACUUCCAGCCAUUCCCAAACACCUCGACCAGCAUCAAGUCAUUCUCAAGCACAUAUUUACUCCUCACCUGUGAGACCUCGAAUACCUUCUCCUAUUGUCAAUCGACCUACGAUGUCUCCCACUCAAGGGAAUCCAGAUGUUGGCCCUAUUGCUGGUGUACCAGGUAGCUCUCCACCCCUUCGCCAAGCCCAAAUUUCUACUCCAUACACGAAUGGCCAACAUAUUAAUGGUAACGUAAUUCAAAGCACACCACAGCAACGAGACUCAUCUUACAACUCUUCCUUCUCUGGUUCGCAAACACAACCAAUGUCUGGGCUCUCUCCCGUCAAGCAACGUGUAUCACCCUCUCCAAUGUCUCAACCAUCACUCAUUCCCCAAAAGCAACGUGCAUACCAGACACCAUCCUCGAGCUUUAAUAAUCCUCACAAUGUACGGUCCGUAUCGGGAACACCUAUCUUUCCGCCAGCCGAGAACCUCGCGCCUAGUCCUCAGCAAUUAAACCGAGAGCCGGUACCGACUCCUAGCAAGCAGUCGCCACCAUCAUCUCAAUCACAAUCACAACCACAGGUCCAGCUUAUGAACAAUGGUGCAGUCUCAUCGCAACAUGGACCUCUUCCAGGUACACCCUUACAGCCGCCAUACGAAGAGAAACCAAAGAUACCAGAGCCGAGUACGGUGCAGUAG